AGAACAAAAGUGACAACCAAGGGACAGCGUUUAACCCCCAGGAAUGACUAGUCUUACAACAUAAUCUCAGAAUUGCACAAGAAUGAUCACAUACGAAAGGAACCAAUGAUUGUUUGAGAAAUUCUCCCCAUCAGCACCUUAAAAAAUGUUUGGAGAAUAUGCAAACUGAUGUUAGGGUGUUGAGGGUUAAUUUGCUGUCAGAGCACAUUCACAUUUCGUAUUAGAACUUGACAAACAUUUUAAAACAAGACAUUCUUGUUCAAAGGAAAAGGAGGGUAAAAUUAAUUUUAUCAACUGAUAGCGUUUCAAGCGUUACGAAGGGAAGUGUGACAAAUUAAAGUUACCCAGAAAUUUAAUUUUCCUCCCUUUUUUUUUUCUGCACUGCUUUCCUUAGCUUUUAUGGAUAUUGACGUAUACAACUAGCAAAGGUACUUUACACGGAAAGCUACUGCGAAACCAGAAACUAUUACACAAAAUUUAAUUGGAUGUUCCAGGACAAAGCACACGCUAAAGACCAAUUAAAAAUUCCCUUAUAUCGUGAUCCAAGUAUCUUCGUUACAAUCCAUUCGACAUGUUAGCGUGAUAACUAUGACGCGAGGGGAAGAUAUACUACACUUUAGUUUCUGCAGGGUUUAAUUCAAAAUGGACCUUGUUCUUGACAUGCUCGAUCAAAAUUUCUUUACACCGUACGUGUACCCCACAACGUGGCCAGAAAAUGACUGCUACAGGCAGUUUAUCUCGCUCUUCGUAAUUACGAGCAUCGGGGGCGUUAUUAUGUACUUUUCGUUCGCAACUUUCAGCUUUUUUUGUGUGUUCGAUCGCGCGCUUAUGAAACACCCGCUGAUUCUAGAACACCAGAUCUAUAAAGAAAUCAUGGUGACCUUGAAAUCAAUACCGUUUAUGAGUUUUCCCACGGUAUUGCUUUUCCUUGUGGAAGUGCGAGGUCACAGUCGGUUGUAUCUGCCAGUUAAUUUCAGCUGGCCACAUCUCGUCGGCGACAUCAUCUUUAGCACGACUGCCUUUCUCGUCUUCACCGACGCAUUGAUUUACUGGAUUCAUCGUGGAUUGCACCAUCGUUCAGUGUACAAAUAUUUGCACAAAGUCCACCAUCGUUGGAAGGUGCCAACCCCAUUCGCCAGUCACGCUUUCCAUCCGAUCGACGGAUUCCUGCAGAGUCUUCCGUAUCAUCUUUACCCGUUUAUUUUUCCACUCAACAAAAUCGUGUAUCUGGUGUUGUUUGUGUUUGUCAAUAUAUGGACGGUGUCAAUACACGAUGGAGACUACAGAGUGCCCGAGCUGCUGCAACCAUUCGUGAACGGAUCUGCUCAUCACACAGAUCAUCACCUCCUUUACAACUGCAAUUAUGGCCAAUAUUUCACUGUCUGGGAUCGGAUCGGUGGAUCUUUUCGUCAACCGAGUGCGUUCCAGGAGAAGGGGCCAAAAUUUGAGCUAAAGAAAACCGCAGAUAAAAUGGGAUGAGUGUGUUUCUUAAAGAAAAGAGAGCAUCAACGAACGAUGUCUGCAACGCAAAGCGACAUCUGAUCAUGUGUCAAAUGUACAACAAUCCCUGCAUGUCUCUUCAGUAUUUAUGGAUAUAUUAUUCAUACUUAUUUAUGAGAUAAGAAAAGUAAACCGAAAGGUUAUGUUGCACCACAAGUGGUGUUAAAAUAACUGGUAAAUUGUUCUCGAAUGGCAUACCACUUUUACCCCUGUCCUCUCAGACCGAUUUGAUCUUCCCACUGACUGAUGCUGAACUUUGAACGGACUUUGACUCCAGUGGUUGAACAACACUGAUUGAGGGAUGAGGUGAAGAAAUGUUCGAGGAUGUGGUAAAUUUUCAAACUUAGUUGUAUCUUUCUUUUAACGUUUUUACUGUGUUUGUAAUUUUUUUACUUUGUAAACACAAUGAUAAUUGUGAAAUGUGUCAAGAACUUUUAUUAUUUUACUAUUAGUAUCAUUAUUAUUACUUACUGUUAGUCUUUCUCUUCUGAUUUUUUUUUUUAGGAAGAAAAUUAUAGAAUGUGUGAAAUAAAUUAAUCAUUACUUAUAACUAGUCUCUUGGACAGAUUUUUGUCUUCAGGAAUGUCUGCAUGAAGGCUUACUUCAAUCUAAUUUUCUAAGAUAAAACAAGCUAAUGACUGAUAAAUAGAGUGGAGCUGUGUUGGUGCAAAUGGCUUCCAAAAAGAUUGUUAUCGGUGUCUUUUUAUCAAGAAUUUACCCUGGAGACUUUAAGGAAGAGAGGAUUCUGUUUCUA